AUGAAGAAAUUCUGCGUGGUGUUAGGUGUGACCAGGAAGGACAUCCUGCNAGCAAUGGAUACUGCAACGAGCAACACAGGAGGUGGAAGCGCGUUCGCCAGCGAUAGUUCUACGAACCUGGCAACCGUGAUCAAAGGCCUCAAGAAAUUCGACGGAAAGGACCCAGCUGAGUUCAAGACAUGGAUGAAGAAAUUCUGCGUGGUGUUAGGUGUGACCAGGAAGGACAUCCUGCCACUGCUGAAGGAACAAAGAAAGCCAGAUCCCGCAGACACAGCGGCCUUCGGCUCCUACGCAAGGGCAAACGAAGAUCUCUACGCCAUUCUUUUCCUUCAAGUGGAACUUCCAGCCGCCUUGUCGAUACAGAAGCACGAAGACGACACUGGCAUCAGCGGCGACGGACAAGCUGCCUUCGAGGAGCUCUGCAACAACUAUGACAGGGUAACGGACGAGGUCAUCAGGGCCAAGAUGGAGGAGCUGGAGAACAACCCCAUGAACCCUGGUGAAAAUCCCGACGACUACUUCAACCAGAAGCACCUACUUCGCACCCAGCUGGAUAAGAUGGGAGAACCCAUCUCCGACCGCCGCUUCAAGGACAUCUGCGUACAGGGCUUCUCCGACGAAUACAAGGACGUCAAACUGAUGGUGUUCAGAGACCCAACCUUCAACGUCCUGGACAUGCUAUCGACCAUGCGCAAUAUCUUCUUGGAUGAACAAUCGCGCAAGGGAUGGAAGGGACGCAUAGCUGGUCGAGGAUUUGCCAUGGCAACGACCGCGUCUGACAUCAUCUGCCACAGCUGCUACGAGCCGGGGCACAUCAGGAGGAACUGCCCCAAGAUCAAGAACAGGGCGAAGAAGAAAACGAAGCCCGCCGGAGCUACCAAGUGGUGCUCCAAGCACAACACCACGUCUCACUCGGACGAGGAAUGCUACCAGCAAGGAGGAAAGCGCCCGGAAGACACCAAGGACUCAAAUAAAGUAUUCACCGCGUGCUCUAACUGCACUCACUGCUCGUCGGCGUCCAAGAAGGACGACUCAAACAAUGAAGUGGCAGUUGUCGACUUCACCCGGGACGAGGACGCCUUUGACAGCGGCUUCAUGUUCGCCACGUGUUCCCGCAUCUCAGGACGCAACUUCGCCGCGAGCUCCACCGGCGUACGCCUGGUGGUAGACUCGGAAGCAUCGGAGACCAUGUUUGACAAUCGCCUCAUCCCCGACGGAAACCUCCACGAUUACACCCAGCGAAACUCUCCAAAGAUCGUGGACGUGGCCGGAGAAAGCCAACUCAAAGGCACGGCCACGGGCAUCCUACACUGCAUCGUCAAGGACAAUCGAGGACAGCAAUUGCGCGUGCGGAUUCGGGGACUCAUCGUUCCGGGGCUUGGUCGCAACAUUUUUUCGCCCACCUCCCUCCUGAAAAAGGGAUUGCGCUGCGUCGUCGAAGAGAGCACUCCGCACCUCACUAUCCAAGGCAAGGACACCAUGUCCAGCGGCAAAGUGGAACUCCUGGGCGACAAUGUGGAAAUCUUCGACUACGAACCCGAGGGCGAGGCUCCCACCGCAGACCAGUUUCCAGCGGCGGGUGCAGAAGACGAGAGCCCCCCCAUGUCCAUGGUGUUGACCGUCGAUGAUUUGCUGGACAACAUCGCCCCAGCAGAUCCGGCGGAACUGGAGCGGGCCUACAACACCGGACGUGUCUCUCUGGAGGAUAUCGUAGAAACGGCCCAUCUGUCGUCCGAUUCCCCCCUUUUCGUUCCUCCUUUCUCGCUUCCACCGGAAGACAGAUUAAUCCUCUUGCCCCACGACGAGUUUAUGGCGUACCAACGGUUGAACGAGAUGUGGUGCGACGGUUUUGCCGGGAGGAUAGCAGAGGCGGAGGCGCGAGAGCAGGCGAAGCGCGAGGACGCGGANCGCUUGGCGGAACGGGAGGCUGCUCUGGCCGCUGCGGCGAGGAAGCAGGAGGAGGAGCGUGAGGCUGUUCGGGCUGCUGCGGCGAGGAAGCAGGAGGAGGAACGUGAGGCUGCUCUGGCGGCUGCGGCGAGAAAGCAGGAGGAGGAGCGUGCGGCUGUUCUGGAGGAGCGUGAGGCGUAUCUCUAAGCGGCUAGGGCGAAGCAGGGGGCGCUCCGAUCGCUGCUGAAGGAGCUGGAGCCCCGCCACCAGGACCCGCGAGCAGUCCCCCACCCCCGUCGCCGAGUUAUCGUCCCCCCCCCACGCAAUCCCAGGUGCACCUUUGUUCCCAUCGUACCGCCUCGCCGCAAGAGAAGGAGCGCGAGGUGGCGGCGUCUCCGACGAACGAGCAGGAGCGGAAGAGGACAGCGACUCCGUAGUUUUCGGUGACUUUGGGACUUCCGGCUGGUGCUGAAGACGGAGCAUCAUUUGCGGCAGCAACCACAGUGUACGAGUUCCACGUUGGAGACACAACGUUCCUGUCCCGCCCGCUGGAGAUGCCUGCAAGAGGUGUCACCUUCCACGACGAGGAUAAAUUGGCAGCUCUUUUUGCAUGGGCUGGCAUCACACAGCUUGUCCGUGCACAAUUCCCCCCACCGCACACCGUUGCUUUCGGGCACAUCUACCACACACCGUACCUCGCGAAAUUUCCGCCUUCUUCGCGGCAGCCCGUGUUCCAGCUGUUGUUCGCUCUCCGUCGUGCCACCUUUCAUGAAGGUCCUCAAGGAACGUCGCUGGUGACCCAGGAGGGAGGACUCCAGCUGCCCCUUGCUCGUGCGGCUUCGACCAACGACUUCAAGCACGAUCUACAAGCCCCCCGGCAGGCCUCUUCACGCCCUGCAC